UCAAUGCAGCGCAGCUUAACUCAAUCUUAAACUCAAACUUAGAGUCAGUUCAGCGCAGCGCAGCUUCACUCUCGGUUGUGUAAAAACGGGGUGCAAGCCCAUUGGUAUCACACUGUGCACGCUGAAACAAGCUCUACUAUACAAAACAACAAUAAACAAGCUCCCUUUUUCAUGAUUUUUCUUCUCAGUUCCUUUCUCUGUGUAAAAAACCAACAAAACCCACGUCGGUUUUUCUCUUAUAGUCCUAACCCAUCUCUAGAUCCGUCUCUUUUUGUCGUAAUUCCUCAUGAUUAGUUGACUAUUGCAUAAAGAUUCAUCCUUUCGAGUCCAGAUAAAAAUUUAUAAGCUUGAGGCAUGGCGGGGGCGGUGGUCAAAGUUAAGAGAGAGAUACUUGAAGCAUGCAUGACAUGCCCUCUUUGUAACAAGUUAUUUAAUGAAGCCACUACAAUCUCUAAGUGUCUUCACACUUUCUGCAAGAAGUGCAUUUAUGAGAAGCUCGCGAAUGAUGAUGUGGAUUAUUGCCCUGUAUGCCAUAUUGAUCUUGGCUGCCUUCCAGUGGAGAAGCUAAGCAGGGCAGACAACAAUCUUCAAGAUAUAAGGGCUAAAAUAUUUCCUUAUAGAAGAAGAAAGGUUCAAGCUCCUGAAGUUAUGCAUUCUGUAUCUCUGCCAGUCAAAAGGAAGGAGAGAUCACUAUCAUCAUUGGUGGUUAGCACUCCCAAAGUGCCACUGCAGACUGGCCUGACCAGAAAGAGGACAAAAGGCAGUGCAAGAAAGGCUGCUGCUUUACAAGGGUGUGGUUUUUUUAUUGAGGACAAGAAGGAAGAUUCUGCUGAAGAUUGUCCAAUGAGCUCAAGCUCACCUGAUUCUUUAAGUAAAAUCAGUCAAAAUAAAAGGCAGGAUUCUUGCAAGGCUGAGCCUUAUAAUGAGGAAAGGGCUUAUGAAUAUACUGAGAAUGAUGUUGAGAUGAUGGAAGGGAAAGCUGAUCUCUGGACACCCUUAAACUGUCUUGUUGAAGCUGCGAACAGAACCAAGUCCUCUAAGUCAAGUUCACAAGGGCUCUCUCUUGUCAAAUCAGAUCUGAACAAUGCCCCUGAUUCUAAACUAUAUAUGCCUGAAACCAAAUCCAAAGUAGAUCUGCCAAAUGCUUCUGGUACUGAUGUAUGCUUGUCUAGACCCAAAAUGAAAGGGCACAGACAGUAUACAAAAUUCCAUGAUGACAAGAAUGGAAAAAGUUUACUUUCAGGACCAGUGAAGCGUAGAAGGUUGCAUGCAGCAGCAAAGAAAAGGGAAGCUGAAUCCAGUGAGUUGUGUGCUGCAGCACAAGUCAUGCUAGAUGCUUCAGGAGCUAAGCAUAAAAGAAGGAAAAGUCCAGUCUGGUUCUCGUUAGUUGCCUCGGAAGAUCAGAAAGAUGAUGCUUGCUUGCCUCAAAUCUCAGCGUGCUACUUGAGGAUAAAGGACGGGAAAAUGCCUGUCUCAUUUAUUCAGAAGUACCUUGUGAAGAAACUUGAUCUUGACAGUGAAGCCGAGGUCGUGAUAUCAUGCCGGGGUCAGCCUGUGCUUCCAACAUUGCAGCUUCAUAACUUAGUAGACCUAUGGUUUCAGACAGCAUCGACAGCAAAGAAGGUACCAACAUCUGUGGGCUCGUCAGCUAAGGACUUUGUAAUGGUUUUGUCAUAUUGCAGAAAAGCCUAGUCCCAAGAAAUUCUGCUGCAAAUUUUCCUUUAAGAUAACAAUUCUAUGUUUAUGUUAUUAUGCCAUUGUAGAAUCAUCACAUUUUUAUGUAUGGGAUUUGUACCAUGCCCAAUAUUACGGAUUACACAUACAGGAUCUGUUGAGUUGUUUUUGUUACCACAGAGUGAACCAUCUGUUUGAGUUCUGGGUCCGGAUUCGAUUGUAAAUCAAGUUGAGUGGUGAAUUCUUGAUAGGGAAUCCAACUUGGUCUUGGAUUUGGAUAGCA